UCAGAGCGGGGUAGCAGCUGCUGCUGGCGAACGACGGUAUCGACGGGGGAGGCGGUUUCAGUACCUUCAUCCGAGCGAGGAGAAGGGUCGGCCAGCGGGGCUUCUUCCCUUUUCCCCGCAGAAGGAGCCAAGGCUGCCUCCGUUCCCCGAGGCCUGCGCCGCCUCCCCCUCGGCUCUGAAAGCCGGGAGCAGGUUGCCUCCGGAGGAGAGACCCAGAAACUGUGGAAUGCUGUGAAGACCCCAGAGACCCCACAAUCAUAGUCAGAAUACGUUUGGGACUAUUUUCUGCGGAAGGCUAUACUUCACCUGUCAAAGAGUUUCCACGUCUUCCACAAUGAAUCCCGUUUAUAGCCCCGUUCAACCUGGGGCUCCCUAUGGAAACCCUAAGAAUAUGGCCUACACAAGUUAUCCUGCAGGAUAUCCUACAGCUGCUCCUACCUACAACCCAAAUAUGUAUCCAACCACCAGCCCCGGCUAUGCCCCAGCUACGCUUCUGAUGAAACAGGCCUGGCCUCAGACAUCGUCCUCUUGUGCCACUGAGGGUACCUUUCACCUCCCAGUGGAUACUGGGACCGAGAACAGAACUUACCAAGCUUCAUCCGCAGCAUUCAGAUAUACUGCUGGAACACCCUACAAGGUCCCUCCUACCCAGAGUAACAGCGCACCGCCUCCAUAUUCUCCUUCUCCAAAUCCUUACCAAACUGCUAUGUACCCCAUCCGAAGUGCCUACCCACAGCAGAAUCUGUAUGCCCAGGGAGCAUAUUACACGCAGCCAGUGUAUGCUGCACAGCCUCAUGUCAUCCAUCACACUACUGUGGUCCAGCCAAACAGCAUCCCAUCUGCUAUUUAUCCAGCUCCAGUGGCUGCCCCGAGGACUAACGGUGUGGCAAUGGGGAUGGUAGCUGGGACCACCAUGGCAAUGUCAGCAGCUCCUGCCCCGCCCCCUCCUCCCCCAGUGAAGGUGUGUUUGUUUGGGUACAACACGGGUGCAGCCAUGUACAUGUUUGGAGGCACUCUGUUGACCACUCCUCAGCACACUGCAAUUGGAGCACAUCCCGUCUCGGUGCCAACAUACAGGGCUCAAGGGACCCCUGCCUACAGCUAUGUACCUCCCCACUGGUAAUCUCAUUAGCCAAUCCAUAUCUGGAGUCAAACAUUGUAUGCAACAACUCAAGUCUUACAUCGGUGCUGGAGCAGCGGUCCCAAGGCACCACAAGUCUGUUAACAAGAACAAACAAAGUGCAAGGGUCACUUUAUGCAUUCUUAAGGGUUUUCUUUCCUUUUCUUUUUUUAAAAAAAGAAUUUGUUUUAGUUCAUUUCAUUUUUUAAAAGCCACUUUCCAACCAUUGCACCAACCUAUUGCUUCCUUUGGUAUCUUUCUUCACACCAUCUCCCUGAGAAUGGUUUCAUGCCAGCACCGAUGCUGAGCAAGGCUCAGGCUUCCAGGCUUCUCUAUUUCACACCCUCCUCCUCCUUCUCAUUCACAUUUUGUUCUCCCUCAGUUCAAGGGUUGCAGAUGUCUUCUAAUGCUGUCCAUUUCAUUCCUAGAGUCCAUUUUGGUUUUAUGAGUGAGAAUGAUUGAUGUUCAGGGUUAGAGUGAGAGAGAAGGGGGGGGG